AUGAGCAUAAAUGUCGCCUGUACUGCGCAGCUCGUGCCUGUGAUUGCUGCUCUGAUAGAAUCUGCUAUACAAUCCACGCCUAUCCACGAGGAUUUGGAUCAAGGAUCUAUGGAAGAUAAGGAUCUUUCUAAAGAUGUGCGUGAAGCUGUGGCGAGGGAGAACAAUAGGUGGAAGGACUUCACUGCUUCUGGCAUGAAGGGCAAGGGCAAUCUCAAGGAAGAGCGAGCGCUCCACAAGCAAACCCUGCAAGACCUUGAACAUGCGCAUAUAGUGGCUACAUCGGCCUGGGUGCCACGCUACUAUCCACUGGGCCAGGACCUUGAGGGUCGGACGUACUAUGCCCUCACACCGAGCGAAGCUGAAAGAGAGGCGGCCUCGAAGCUGAUUGCAGGCAAGGACGGACGCGUUAAGUUACAUCGGAAGCGCGGUGCGCUGACCGAAGAGGAACGUCGAGAAAUGCAACGCUGGUCGUGGUUCAUCGCCGUAUGGGGCCAACUCCCCGAAGGUGCCAAGGUGGCGAAGACAGACGACGAAGACGACGACGGUGUUGAUGAAGGCGGUGAGAGCUGGUGGGGAUUCUGGGACCCAGCGGAGGUGCGAAAGGUCGCAGAAUGGAUUGCCGUCAAAUGCGAGCUUGGUGAAGGGAAGCCGCGAUCGCAGGCAGCCUUGAACACCGACAAAGGAAAGCAAGUUGACCGUUCAAGCACCUACGACACUUUGGCAAGCAGCCUUGCUGGCUCUCGUGAGCCAUCGCCUCUGUCUGACUUGUCGUCUGACGAGGAGGAAAACGAUGACGAAAACAACGACGAGGAAGAGGAUCUAUAUGCAGGUAUGCGCGUCGAUUCACAAGACCAUCCAGUUCCAACCCGACGAGAGUUGCGCGGUCUCGUCAAACGUCUUAAAGAAUACGCAGAUCUGCUGGAAUGGAGGAUCCGUCGAGUAGGUGGUGAAGGGUCGGGGGAGAAGAACCAAGACGUGCUUGAGCCUAUACCACCAAAAAGGUUCUAUAAAUAA